AUGAAAUAUAUGCAAUGUCACUAAGUUUUGUGAUGGGGGGAAAAACUACUGUAAAGUAUAACUAGCAAGCAGUGGCAACAGGAAACCACAUAGUAGUAUGUGUUAGAAACUUCUCAUUCAUAUUUUUACUUUUUAAAUUAAUAAUUUACUUUCUUGACUUCACCAGUGUCUAUCAAUCUAUUCACAACAAUGGAAGAGCAAAGAGAACUCAGCCUGGAAGAUGAAUUUGAAGCACCGGAAGCCACACAUACAGGACCAAAAGGGGUGAUCAAUGAUUGGAGGAAGUUCAAAUUAGAAAGCAAAGACAGAGAUGCUCUUCCUCUAAGCAAAAAAGAGAUCCUCAUCAGGCAAAUGUCUUCACCCUACCGUGCUCACAGCAGAGAUGAUAAAGACACCAGAGAGCGAUUCAGUCGUAAGAUGAGUAUGCAGGAAUAUGAGCUAAUUAAUGAUGAUAAAGAAGAUGAAAAUUGCCUACAGAAGUACCGCAAGCGCUGUAUGCAGGACAUGCACCAGCGACUGAGCUUUGGGCCAAAAUACGGCUACCUUGCAGAGCUGCAGAGUGGGGAACAGUUCCUUGAAGCUGUUGAGAAGGAACGGAAAACCACCACCGUCAUUGUACACAUUUAUGAAGACGAGGUGAAGGGCUGUGAGGCACUCAACAGCAGCCUGACUUGCCUUGCUGCCGAAUACUCCACAGUGAAAUUUUGCAAGAUCAAGGCCUCUAACACGGGAGCUGGAGAACGCUUCUCCACUGAUGUUCUCCCAACUCUUCUGGUCUACAGAGCUGGUGAGCUAGUGAGUAAUUUCAUUAGUGUGACUGAGCAUUUCAGUGAAGAGUUUUUUGCUGGGGAUGUGGAAAUGUUCUUAAACGAGUAUGGGCUGUUACCUGAAAAAGAUGUUCCAGGACUAGGGAAUGGCAACCUGGAGGAGCAGGAAGUUGAGUAGUUGACAACAUACUUCAGUAUCUCCUACAUCACCUCAGUACAUAUUGCAACUGGAUCUCACCUUGGCCUAUGAUCAUUUAGCAAAUGCUGACAUGUACUUCUGCUAUAUAUGCAAACAGUGCACAUAUCUGAUGUAAUAAAAUAAAUGAAUUGCCUGGCAGAGCAAUCCUAGACAUGCUUAUGAGUAAGCCCAAAUACAUUCUGUAGGAUUUAUCCCCAGGAGAAUGUGUAAAAGAUUGCAAACUAAAGUACCAUAUUUUUCCGUGUCUAAGACUC